AUGCGAUGUUGUCGCAGAGCAGGACAGCACGAAGUGUUGGAGAGGUGUGCAGAUGCGCUUCAGGACGUCAUUGAUCUUGUGCCUUCGAACCUUGGUUCCUUUUCAAGACGGCAGGAAAUGCAAACCACGGGAUCGGGGCCCAAACCCAAGCCCAUACAAUUCAAAACCAUCUUCAAGAAUGUCUUCAGCGUUGCCUUUACUGUUGUUGCGUUGAAAGCUUUGACGCAGUUGCUGAUUGAAAAUAUGACACUGACGAAGUUCUUCGGUCUUGCUGAGGUGGAUUCACUGCUAUCCGAAUUUAUACUCGAUGAUAUCAAUGAUCAAAGUGCGGCACCAGUUAGCUUACAAGCACAUCUCUCAUCUCCGAUUACGCUUCCCAGCUCAAUAGCAUCACAGGUAGUUACAAGUGUGAACUAG